ACAGGCCACAGCCCUAGCCGCCACCCCCCUCCAAUUCGCCGCAAAACCCUAAACCCCGCCGCGCCGCCGCGAUGGACUUCUACUCCGACGACUCGGAUCCCGACCUCGACGACGAUCUGCGGGAGGACCUCGACGCGCUGCGCCGUUCCUGCAUCCUCUCCGGCGCCGACCCCGACGCCGCCGUCGCGCACGUCUCCUCCCACCUCGCCGCCCCCUCGGCGGCGGAUAAUGAUGGCUCGUCGGACGACGACGAGGGGGAGGACGAGGACCUGGCCCUCGUCCGCAGCAUCCGCGCCAACCUCCACCUCAACAAGGCAUCGCCCGCGUCCCCCCUGCCGGAGGCGGACGCGGGCGCCUCCUCGGCGCGCCCGAUCUACACGUGGCCGCCGUCCGACACGGACGAGGACGAGGAGGACGACCUCGAGACGCUCCGCGCCAUCCAGCGACGAUUCUCGCACUACCAGUCCGGUACCUCUACUGUGUCACCGAAAAACUUGAAAUCUGAGGCAUCACAGGGAGUGCAUAGCGAACUUUUUGCAGAUGGGCCUGAUGAAGAGUUUGCUGUGCAGAAGCAGAAUGUAAAGGCUCUAAAUCGAACUGGGUUUCCAAAAGCUGCACUGUUAUUAGUGGAUGCUCUCAAGAAGAACAGAGCAUGCCAGAAGUUCAUUAGAAGGAAGAUGAUUACCAUUGAAGCAAAAAUUGAAGAAAAUAAGGAUCUUAGGGACCGCGUAAAAUGUCUUAUGGGCUACCAGUUAAGCUGCCGAAAAUCAAUUGGCAGAUUUUUAUGCCAGAAGGAGGAUCCUCGAGUCAGAUUGAUUUCCUCUCGAAAACCAGCUCAGCAGUGCGCAAAGAAUAAAUAUCGGAAGAUGCCUGCAUUAUUUCUUGGCCCAGCUGAGAACAUGCAUGUUUCGAAGUAUAAAAUGGUGCUGAAGCAAUUCCCAAUGUCACUUCAGAAGAAACCAUGGUCGGAUGCAGAGAAAGAUAAACUUGCCAGAGGAAUAAAGCAGCAAUAUCAAGAAACAUUGAUUUUGGACUCGAUGAAUAACGGAAGUGCCAUUGGUGAAUUCAAUGCUGUUGAUAUGGCAUAUGCACUGACGAAUGCUGCAGUCAAUUUUGAGGUGACUCCGGAAAGUCUCAGAUCAGUCCUGGCAUUAAUAAACUGGGAUAAAAUUUCUGCUAUGUACUUGCCUGGUCGAUCUGGUGCUGAAUGUGAAUCGAGGUGGCUAAACUGUGAUGAUCCAUUGAUUAAUCACAAUGCCUGGACUGCACAGGAGGAAAAAAGACUUUUACUAAUUAUUCAAGAAAAAGGAAUGUGUAACUGGAUUAACAUUGCAGUUACAUUGGGUACUCACCGGACUCCUUUCCAAUGUCUUGCUCGUUAUCAACGAAGUCUUAAUCCCCACAUAAUGAAGAAGGCCUGGACCAAAGAGGAAGACCUCCAACUUCAAGCUGCUAUUGAGACCUUUGGUGAUAACUGGCAACUUGUAUCAGCUAGCUUGGAUGGUCGCACUGGCAAUCAAUGCUCUAAUAGGUGGAGGAAAACCUUGCACCCUAAAAGGACCAGAGUGGGCAGAUGGGAUCUGGAUGAGGACAAACGCCUCAUGGUAUCUGUCAAGCUAUUCGGAUCUGGCAGCUGGAGUAGGAUUGCUCAGUUCGUUCCUGGUCGCACACAAACUCAAUGCAGCGAGAGGUGGUGUAAUGUUCUUGAUCCAGAUAUCAAUAUUGAGGAGUGGCGACCUGAAGAAAAUUCCAAGUUAUUGGCUUCAGUAUCUGAGUUUGGGCCUUGCUGGGCCAAGAUUGCUAGGGUGAUUAUUCCUCACCGUACUGAUAGUAUGUGCUAUAGACAAUGGAGAAAACUCUGUAAACAUGAAGUGCCUUCAGUUAAAGCGGCCAGUCAAAUAAAGAAAGCUAUUUUUCAAACCAAUUUUGUUGAUAGAGAAAAAGAGCGACCUGCAAUUGGCCCUGGUGACCUAAUAUCACUUGUGCACUCCAAAGGUGACGAAUGUGACGAGAACACUGGAAGGGGUAGAUCUAAAAAUCAAACGGAAGAGAGUUUAGCCGUGUCUGAUGGUCUCAACAAUUCAUCUAGCGUCCGUAGCAGAUCUAGAAAGAGGAAAUCUACCACUGACGACAGUGUGGCUGUACAAAAUAGAAUGAGGGGAUCUAUCCCUGUGGAUAAUGAGGCUGUCCCAAAGGAAUUGAGGGGCACUAUCAGUGCUGAUAAUGAGGUAGGAACAAAUAGAACGAGGGACCCUGUCUCUGUUGGUGAAGAGGGAGUAGUCAAAAAGAGAACGAGGGGCUCGAAAUCUGUUGGCAAUGAGGGAGUACUCAGAAAGAGGAUGAGGGGCUCUGUCAGCACUGAUAAUGAAGCAGGAACAAAUAGAAUGAGGGACCCUGUCUCUGUUGGUGAAGAAGCAGUAGUUAAAAAGAGAACUAGGGGCUUGAAAUCUGUUGGCAAUAAGGGAGUUGUCAGAAAGAGGAUGAGGGGUUCUAUUGGCACUGAUAAUGAGGCAGGAACAAAUAGAAUGAGGGACCCUGUUUCUGUUGGUGGAGUAGUCAAAAAGAGAACGAGGUGCUCGAACUCUGUUGGCAAUGAGGGAGUUGCCAGAAAGAGGAUGCAGGGUUGUAUCUCUGUUGGUGAUGAGGGCAUAGUCCAAAAGAGAAUGAUGGGUUCUGUCUCUAUUGAAAAUAAUGGUGGUGUUACGAAAAGGAAAAGAGUGUCAUCAAGCAGGAAAUCAGCUAAAGAUAAUUCGACAGCAGAUGGUAUGGCAAAUGCUGCCCCUGAGUUGGACCUUCCAAUUGUGCCUUCUGAAGAAAGAGUUGUUGACGCUGGAACUGUGAAUAAGGGGAAAAGAAAGUCAACCCCAAGACCCAAGCAGAUAAACAUGUCUGAAGGGGCUGCUAAUAAACACUCCACAUUCGAGCGACUUGCCAAUUGCUUGUCCUUUGCCCGGAUGAAUGGAACCAACAGGAACAGAAGAUAAUUGAAGUUGAGAAAGCAUUCCUUGAAAGAGUUUAGUUUCUUCUAUGAAGGUGAUUUUUCCUAUCAAGAUUGACGGGAGUAACCUUUGAGAAAUAAAGAAGAGUUAAAAUGAGGCGCAGACGAUAUACUUGGUAUGUUCAAAGGUAGUAAAAUAUCAAUAGCAGUAUUCAAGCUUCAGAGAGGAGAAAUGAUCUUAUCGUGUGGCUCUGUUUAGGAUGGUGCCCAAUAAGCUGGAGGCUAAUCAGGCACAGUGCCUUGUAUGUGCGACUGCGAUGAACUCUGGAUCUCAGUAGCUCCGCUGCUGAUUCCUUUCCUGAAGGAGUCUUUGUUCAAACAGAACCACCGCCACCCUGGAUGUGAUUUGUUGAUGCCAAACUGGUACACCGUUCAGAGUGAGUGAGUUCUUGCAAAGAGUAUCACUUAAGUUUUCGUUUAGGUUCGAAUUGGACAUGGUUGUAUCUAUGCGAAUGUUCUCCGAAAGGUUUUCAAAUCUUGGUUGGGGAACGAAAAUGUACGGAAUGAAAUUGACCUGUUCUUUGAAGGCCUGGCGAAUCGUUCCCAGUUGGUACGUUUUACUUGGUACCGGCGUUAAUGAAUUUUUUCGUUGAUUCUGCA